AUGGACUGUUGGAACACGCGAAGAGACUCGAAGGAGUUCCAACAUGAAGCAGUCGAGAUGGACAGCCUACAGGCCAACUGUGGAGCGCCGAAUGAGCAGGCUUUUCACGACACGCUUGUGAGUGCCGCUUACCAGUUGCGGGCCCGCCAGCGCGAUACGAAUGUGAGCAUCUCGAAGGCGGAGAUGGAGGGCCUGGUGGUUCUCACCCGCGAGCUGGAGAACUUCAAGCAGAUGAUGAAGCGUUCGGAGUUCACGGUGGAGGGAACGUGGAGGAUCGUGGAGGAUGGGGGAAUGGUGGAGCGCUUUGGUCAGCAGUUGUACGCUGAGCUGCUCACCCGAAAUCCGCGUCUGCGCGUCCACUUUCACGGCGUCGACAUCGAAGAGCAGUCUAAGUCCUUGCUGCGCAUGGUAGGUACAGCGGUGCACUUCUACCAGAAGCCGCAGUUGACAGUUGACAUGUUUACAAAGGCUGGCGCACGGCACCGUGGCUACGGCGUGAACGCAGAGGUCUUCGUGGAAAUGCGCAACGCCUUCAUGCGGGUAUUCUCCGAAUUUGUCGGUACCGACGUCUUUGAGGCGGUCGAGGAGGAGUGGCGAAAGUUCUGGAAGUACGUUCUAGAUCUGCUCGUGCACGGAAGCGAGAGCGCGGAGGGGGAGCGGUAUGGAAAGAUGUACGAAGAGAAGAUGCUCAAAACGAUACAGGCCGAUUUCAAGCUCAUCAUGGAGCGGCAAAACAAGUGCGACCUGCGGGGCCAAUUUGUGAGCGUGAUGUACAGUAAAGCUAUCGAGAUGCACGAGGAGUUGUCAAAGUUCGAAGCACUAAAGGAUCUGCGUGCUAGUGCACGCGUCUUGCAGGCAUACAUCGACAUAAUUAACAAUAUUCAUGACAAGAAGCUUUUGGACGAGUACAUGCGCGAGCUUGGCGGGCGCCACACAGCCUACAACGUGACGGUGGAGAACCUACAAGCCUUUACCGAGCCGUUUCUCUUCACCUGCCGCCACUUUUUCGAGGAGGAGUGGAAUAUUGCGGCCGAGUCGCGUUUUCUGUGGCUAUUUGAGUACAUGAUCGACGGCAUUUCGGCCGGUAUGGUGAGCGACAUCAACAGCAUCGUAAACUUGCGCGCUCCCAGCAACAGCGUUACUUUCGGGCUAAUUUUCACCGAUAUCGAGGCAAGUACAAGGCUGUGGAGCAAAGACUCGAAGUCAAUGAGCCUUGCGGUGAAGAGCCAUCACGCCAUGAUUCGGCGCCUUAUCGCUGACUACGGUGCUUAUGAGGUCAAGACGGUCGGCGACUCCUUCAUCAUCGCCACCAAGGAUGUACUGGUGGCGGUAAAGCUGUCGCUGGCCAUCCAACUAGAGCUGAUGCGGAUGGCGCCGAUUGCUCCGGGAUUUGCGAUGGUUGACAGUACCGAGGGCCACGGUGAUCCGCAGGCUUGGGAUGACCGCACGUUGCGCGUGCGGAUCGGCGUGGAGCACUGCACGGAUGCCACGGCCACUUAUGACACCAUUCACAGGCGCUACGAUUACUACGGGGCUAGCGUAAAUCGCUGCGCCCGAAUCGAGGCUGCAGCGUGUGGAGGGCAGAUAUUACUCUGUCGUGAGAGUUUUGAAUAUCUCAAGUCCAUGCCCGAGUUCCAUAACGACCCUUGCCCCCACUUCCUCCGCCACGUUGAGAUCGCCACUCCACCACCAAAGGUGGAUAGCCGUGGUUUGGACCACUUCGUGGUAGUGAGCGAUGUCGGCCUGGCGUCCUUCAAAGGCAUAGCUGAGCCAGUGCACCUUCUCUCGUUGGUGCCGCGCUGUCUCGCUGGGCGGCAGUUUACAGAAAAGUUUACGAAGGUAUCGGAAUAA